AUGCCUGAAUUUCUUGCAUUACCUGGCUUUUACAACACCUUGUUCCUCCACGUCGAGCCGGCGUCUACUAUACUACCAGCGUUCAUGGCUUGGUACUUCCCAGGCGCUACGUGGUUCCACCACGAACUCAUACCGUCGCCUGCGGGCACGGAGACGCCUCCGGCUGGAUUUCUGGAUCAACGUUCUACGAUGGCGAUAUGGCAACUUGGGAAUUGCUAUCUCUUGCUUGGAUUACUCUCUUCCUUCGUGUUCCGUGCUGUGCGCGAUGCUCUACCUCGAGACCCGGCCGCUCAGGAACGGAUCCUGGGAGCAAGCUUUGCCGCCAUGGCCAUAGCUGAUUUCACGCACAUCGUGGCUACGUUCGUCGCCCUGCCGUCUGACCUGAAAUGGAAUAUCCUUGCUUGGAACCCCAUGACGCACGGCAACAUCACCUUCGUCAUAUUUUUGUUGGGAUCGAGACUUGCGUGGUUCGCUGGAAUCGGUCGCAACACAUAUCGAAACAAGAAAGUGGUCGGCGAUGCCUCGAAACAUCUUUGAAAGCCUUUGUUGGACGCGAUGGUUUCACAAGCAGAUCUUCUUGCAUAUCGAAUAUAUAACCCAUGGAACCCUCAUAUCUGUUCUCUGUCCGGAACUUGCUCGAACGUCUGGUAUUUUGCGAGAUCGAUGCUCCGCUCGCGCUGGUCGCCUUCCCCGGCUUCUCCUGUGUACAAUGUGUCAUGUCAAAAAAUACUACCAUUUCACGGCAACUUGGUUGAUCAUGGAAGUUUUCACCGCCACUAUCCUGACAAGCAACUUGACAGGUGUACAUCAAGGACCGACGCCGAAAGAUGGACUCGCGGACCGUCAAGGUUCAAGCCCUGCGCAGACCAUCCCCACCAGACUAUACGUCCUACCCAACAGACCAUGCAUAACGGCGAG